CCUCCCUCCCUCUCCCUCUCUCUCCCUCUCUCUGCUGUGCAGUACUCAGUUCAGUGACACUUUCGGUCAGUGUGUGAAUGAGGGAUGGCUGAUACGGCUCUUGGUAACAACUCUGUGGAUUUCCUCUCAGCUCUGUGGAACUUCUCAGUAGAAGAUGCUGAUGGAGAGAACGAUGCUCGCGACUCCUCUGAGUCCCACAAGCCCAUGGUCCGUGGACUGCUCUCCUUCUCCUACUCCAUCAUCAUCAUCAUCUCUCUGUUUGGGAAUGCAGUGGUGUGUCAUGUGGUGAUGAAGAGUAAACGCAUGCAUUCAGUCACUGGAGUCUUCAUCAUGAACCUGGCCAUCGCUGACAUCCUCAUCACCCUCCUCAACACACCCUUCACUCUGGUGCGCUUCAUCUACAGUACCUGGGUGUUUGGAAAAAUUAUGUGUCAUGUGAGCCGUUUUGCUCAGUACUGUUCUGUCCAUGUGUCUGUGUUCACACUUGUAGCUAUUGCUAUCGACCGGCACCAGGUGGUGCUGCACCCAAUGAAACAGAGGAUGUCCCGCCUCCAGGGCAUGGUCUGGGUCGGGGUGAUCUGGUUGAUGGCCACAUGUUUCUCUCUACCUCAUGCCAUCUACCAAACCCUGCUGCAUUUCAAGAUCAGUGAGGAGAACAUCAGGAUGGUUUGUCUGCCCAGUUUCCCGAAGCCCUCAGACCUUUUCUGGAAGUACCUGGACCUCGCCACCUUUGUCCUGCUCUACGUGUUGCCGUUGAUGAUAAUCACCAUCGCUUACGUUGUCAUGGCCAAAAAGCUGUGGAAGCGCAACGCCAUCGGAGACGUGACACUGGCCCAGAGCUACGCCCACCGCCAGAGGAAGAGGAUGACCAUGAAGAUGCUGAUAGCUGUGGUGGCCGUGUUCGCCAUCUGCUGGUUCCCGUUGAACUGCUACGUGGUUCUGCUGUCUAGUAAAGUGAUCCAGGCGAAUAACGGCGUGUACUUCAGCUUCCACUGGCUGGCCAUGAGCUCCACCUGCUACAACCCCUUCAUCUACUGCUGGCUGAACCACAACUUCAGAGCUGAAAUCAAAUCACUGCUGCUCAUCGGCCGGGGUAAAAUAAGCAGCCAGCAACACUGAAGAACGUAUCUACUUAUCUUCUACAUCUACUCUACAUGCAGCUUUAUUUACAUCCUUCUUCAUUCAUUCAUUCAUCUUCUACCGCUUAUCCGAACUUCUCGGCGUCAGGCGAUCUCAGGCGUCAUCGGGCAUCGAGGCAGGAUACA